GGAGCGGGUCGGGGAGGUAAGUGUUGGUGCGGCCGGGAUCCCGCUCCUCUGCGGCCGGGAGGGAGCCUGUUCGUGGGGCGCUGCGGGCUACGCGAUCUCUCGCCAUGUCGGACGAGCUGAGCGAUCUACUGCGGGAGUUCGAUGAGGUCGUCGAGGGCUUCGAUAGAGGCCCUGCGAGUCAGUAUGAGCGGCACUUGGAGGAGGUGAAGAGAAAAGCGGGGCACAACGUGUACGACAGCGGCAUUGAUGAGCUGGAGAGUACCAGCACAUCCCCAGCAAGCAGCUUGAACUCCAGUGAGGAAGAUCUCAACACCCACACUGGUCCUUACUCCUCUAAAGCUAAGCUUGGAGACACGCGGGAGCUGGAGGAGUUCAUUGCGGAUCUGGACAAAGUAUUAGAGGAGAUGUGAGAUGUGGUUUCGGUGGAAAGUUUGGAGAAGGAUCCACAGCAGAUACACCUAGUGCCUCUCUGAUGUAUCCAAUGCUUCUGUGUCCCUGCCAUCCUGCAGCUGAGUGGGUAACAGCUCCUCUGUGCCAUGACAUGCUACUUCAUGCCAGGGAAGGACAAUCCCAGCCACAAAAAUGGACUGAUCCUGCCUCGACAGCUGCUUCUUGCUCCAGCAGCGGGAGAACUGAGAUGUGUUUCUGGUGCUUUGGGGUCGGGGACAGCUGUGCUUGUGCCAGUCUCAUGGCACUGGCAAGCUUAGGCCUGUAUGUUCAGCUCUGCAUGUUCAUGGCACCCCCAGCCAAGGAGAAGGAGGGGCUCCCCAGAACCUGGGGCUUGGCAGGGCAGGCUGGCAUAAAGGCAGUGGGAGCCUGAGGGUGGUCCUCAACAUUAUUGUGGACACAGUCAUGGAACAGCGCUUUCAUCCUUGCCUUGGGCCUGCCACGAGGUCUGCUGAGGUCUGCUGGCUGGCAGCUGUGAAUGAUGAUAUGGUCAGCUCUGCUUUAAUUGUUGGGCUUCAGUCUGUUUCCAUGUGCAGGACAGGACUCUGCUGGCACUAAGAUAUGAAACCCUCUUGGUGAGGGCAUCAGGCUAUGCCCUGAAAGAGGGGCUGCUGACCAAGUGGAUCUGGGGAGUUUAUCCUCUGGAUUCAACAGUGGCAUGAUGGUGAUAUGGGUGAAGAUCAACUAGCAGUGCUUCACUGACACCUUGGUGUCCUCUCCUGGUUCAGGAAGCCUGUUCCUGCAGCAGUAUGUCAGCAGUGGCAGCCAUUGCUGGCCUGUUGCUUCUCAUGGGUAUCUGCAAAUAAGCCCCCUGCCUGGACCCCAAGUGCCUCUACCCUGACUUCUGCUGACAAUACUGUAACAAUGAUGAUGUACACUGUACAGUUAAUAUAUUUUUAUGAAUGGGAUUUUAA